AUGAUGGACAGCAGGAUACUGGACGCGCCGCACGCCCAGUUCGGAGGCUCUCUCGGCGGCAUGGUGGGCUUCCCGUACCACCUGAGCCACCAUCACGUUUACGAGUUGGCCGGGCAUCAACUCCAGUCCGCGUCCGCGGUUCCUUUCACCAUAGACGGAUUACUGAAUGGCUCGUGCGCGGCGUCCGUGGGAAAUUCCACGCCGCUCUUGUCUCCCGGCUGCGGGAUGAACGGAGACAGCCAGCAGUACAAACUGUCAGACUCGAUAGAUCCAGACAAAGAUAGCCCGGGUUGCAAGCGACGAAGAACGCGAACCAAUUUCACUGGUUGGCAGCUGGAGGAAUUAGAAAAGGCUUUUAAUGAGAGCCACUAUCCGGACGUGUUCAUGAGGGAAGCACUGGCUCUCAGACUGGACCUCAUCGAGUCCAGGGUGCAGGUUUGGUUCCAGAACCGCAGAGCAAAAUGGAGAAAGAAGGAGAACACAAAGAAGGGCCCGGGUCGACCUGCUCACAACGCCCACCCGACCACCUGCAGCGGCGAGCCCAUGGACCCGGAGGAGAUCGCCCGCAGAGAACUGGACCGGCUCGAGAAGAAGAAGCGCAAACAGGAGCGCAGACUCCUCAAGUCCCAGAACAAACUGCUGUCCGGGGAUUUAUUCACCCCGGGUUCGGACAGUGACAGCGGGCUGUCGCACGUCACCGACAGCGACCACAACACCAGUCAGUCCCUGGAGCACCAGUCCGACCCGAACCAAAGACACGCGGAACGAGACGGUUCCGAGUUGGACCCGGCGGACAACAGAGCUUCUAACGUGCAGAAACUGAACCCGUUCAGCGUGGAGAGCCUCCUGUCUGAUUCCAGACCCAGACGAACCCCCGCGGCCUUACCGAACCCCCGGCCUUUAAUCGGAAAGGGUCACUUCUUGUUGUAUCCAAUCACGCAGCCGCUUGGAUUCAUUGUUCCUCAAACUGCUCUGAAGACUUCUACCACCACAUCCACCACCACCGCGGCCAGUUCGGACUCUAGCACCCCGGUGGAGAGGAGCCAGACCGGCGGGAGCGACGCCCCGGGGUCAUCGGAGCCGCUACCCGCGGGGUCACCGCAACCCAGCCCGACUUUUAAACAGACUCAUCUAGAGUCAGACGGUGCAGACUCUAAAGAAGAAGCGGAAUAAUAAUAAUAAUAAUAAAAAAAUAUUUAUCAUAGGCCAAAGUUCACAUUCUAGUUAACGUGUGAUAACUUAAAAUCCUCAAGAGCUGUAUUAUACUAUUUAUAUAUGUAAGGUUUUUCUUAAAUAAAUCUAUUGUAUACAAGCACCGUGUGAGACCUUAAAUAGCCAACAUGUAAAAAGGCGAAACCUCGUGUUGUACUUUAACAAAUUUAUU